CUAGCUGUGAGGCAUGCCUCAGAUUUCCCCAUAGCCUUACGAAUCUUUCAACCGCUUCUCCGCAAUGCCCACCCCCCUGCACUUCAAAGGCGACAAGAAGACGAAAAAGCGCAAGCGCGUCCCCGAGCUCUCCGACGCCGACGUCUCCGCCAAAUACUCCGACUCCUCCGCCGUCACCACCACCAAAAAGGACAUCAAUACCGCAGAACCUCACGACGACGACUCCUGGGUCAGCGCCGAGGUCCCCAGCGACAUCUCCGGUCCCAUAAUCGUGGUCCUGCCUACAGAACCCGCGAGCUGCCUAGCCUGCGACGCCAAUGGCUCCGUCUUCACGCUUCCGAUUGAGAAUUUCGUAGACGGCGAUCCCGCGACCGCGGAACCGCAUGAUGUGCGGCAGGUGUGGGUUGCGAAUCGGGUGGCUGGGACGGAGAGUCUGAGCUUGAAGGGGCACCAUGGGAAGUAUCUAAGUUGCGACAAAUACGGCCUUCUGACAGCAACCGCGACCGCAAUCUCGCCUGCCGAAUCAUUCCUCUGCAUCCCCGUGCCGGACAACCCGGCCACCUUCACCCUGCAAACCGCCCGCGAUACCUUCCUCACCGUCGACUCCUCCUCCGCCUCUGCGAAAAAGACCUCCUCCUCCUCAUCAUCAUCGUCCAAAUCCACCACCCCCGUCCGCGGCGACGCCGAAUCCAUCUCCUUCAACACCACCUUCCGCAUCCGCAUGCAGGCGCGCUUCAAGCCCAAGCUCAAGGCCUCGAAACAGGAGAAGGCGCAGGCCAAGAUUACGCGUGCCGAGCUGGAGAAGCUCGUCGGGAGGCGGCUGGACGAGGACGAGGUGCGCAAGUUGAAGAGGGCGAGGCGCGAGGGCAAUUUCCAUGAGGAGGUGCUGGAUAUCAAGGUUAAGAGCAGUCAUGAUAAGUUUGCGAGCUGAGUAAGCGGCGAAGGGGUAAUAGUCGAGGACAUGGGCAAGACUAUUGCAUUUCAUAGGGAUUGAAUGCCGUUGGUAGUGCAAUGGAAGGAGUAGGGAUCAUUAGAGCGAAUAAAGAUCGGACCUCAGCAUGGAUAAAGAGGGACAUGAUGUUUGUCUAUUGGAAAGAUGCUUUCUGUGUUGGAGAAAGCGACGGUCAUAAAAGCAGGUAUGAAUUUCCCUCCGCAACUGGACACCUUCUAGGCUGAUGUACUCUCAAACCAGACUGCAAGGCCAAUACAUUGAACUUCACUUACUCAGCGCUUCUGCGCAGAGGCAAUAUCUAUAUCCACGUGCAGGAAAAAAAGACCCCCAACCACCCCCAUAUUACCACCA